AUGGCGCCAUAUGAAGCCCUUUAUGGUAGAAAGUAUAGAACCCCCCUAUGUUGGUAUCAAGAUGGGGAAGCAGUACUUGUGGGACCAAAGUUGUUGGAACAAACUACUGAAAAGGUAAGAAUGGUGAGAGAUAGGAUGCAGGCCUCUCAGAGUAGGCAGAAGGCUUAUGCAGAUCGUAGGAGGAGACCCUUGGAAUUCGCGGCUAGAGAUCAUGUAUUUUUGAGGGUGACCCGAACCACUGGUAUGGGAAGGGCUCUCUGCUCAAGGAAGCUCUCUCCUAAGUUCCUUGGUCCCUAUCAGAUCUCGAGGAGGAUUGGGCCAAUGGCUUACGAGAUUACUUUGCCUCCUCAGUUGGCAAACCUCCAUUCGGUGUUCCACGUGUCACAGUUGAGGAAGUAUGUCUUUGAUCCAUCUCAUGUGUUAGAAGCUGAGGAUGUUCAGAUUACGGAGAAUCUCACUAUGGAAGUACCACCCGUGGCUUUAAAGGAUAGCCGAGUAGAGGAACGUCGAGGAAAACCAGUCAAUCUUGUCAAGGUCAUCUGGGAUCGGAGGACAGUUCGUGAAUCUGCUCCUGGAGCUACUAGGUUCUUUAGCUUAAGGGUCAAAGUCUAA